AUGAUGACGAUACUUUUGGUAACAACGAUUAUAAACUUCACAUUCGAUGAUGAUCAAAGUAAUCAAUUGGUCAAGCAAAUAGCUAAUAUUUAUAUUAGUCAUGAUGAUAAGUUCAACAGCGAAUUAAAAGAACAACUCAAUGCUUUAAAAGAUGAAGAAACAUCUAAAGAAAUUCAACGUCUUGAACAAGAACUCUUACAACAGAACAAACAAGUUGCUUCAAUUGAAAAAAACUCGAAUUACUUCGACAAUCCAUGA